UCUUUUGAAUACAUAAUAAAUAUCUUAAACCCCUUCAAAAAUGUCUCUUAUUACCAACAACCAAGCCGCCUGGACGCCUACUGAAAAUGCAAAAGUUGAAGUAGGACCUGGUCCAGUACCCAACCCCAAGGAGAACGAAGUAGUCAUUGAAGUGGCUUACGCGGCCGUUAAUCCAAUGGAUUGGAAGGUUUAUACCCAUGCAAUACCCUCAUCAGGAAUUUCACAUCUCACUGACAUCACAAUCAAAUAGAUACAAGACCACGACCCUUUCAAUCUCCCCUACCCCUGGAUCUUUGGUGCAGAUGUCUCGGGCACAGUCGUCCAACUCGGAUCCGCCGUAACUCGUUUUCAGAUUGGCCAACGAGUCUUAGGACAAUGCGAUGGAGUUUUCACUCGAAUCAUUCAAAAUACCGCAUUCCAACGUUAUGCUACCUGUCGCGAGAUUCUCGUCUCUGUGGUUCCGGACAGUGUUCCGCUGGCGAGUGCUGCCGUGUUACCUCUUGCUACCUCAACAGCUGCGGCGGGACUCUUUAAAGUUUUGCAGUUACCACUUCCAGUGCUUGAGCCGGUGCAGACAGGAAAAAGUAUUUUGAUUUGGGGUGGUAGUUCAAGUUGUGGCGCUUCGGCUAUUCAGUGAGUGUAUCCGUGAUAUAUUAAGCCCUAGACCCGUAUAUUGAUAAUAUUAUAAAGAUUAGCAGUAGCAGCUGGCUACACUGUAGUCACCACUGCUGGAGUCCAAAACCAUAAUUUUGUCAAAAGCAUUGGUGCCACACAUGCUUUCGAUCAUAAAUCACCAACAGUCGUCCAGGACAUCCUGGCAGUCCUACAAAAAGGCGAUUCCGUAUUUGAUUGCAUCGGAGAAGCUUUUACUCAAAAAGCUUGUGCCGAAAUUAGCCUCCAUGUUAAUGCCAGCAAGUUUGCUUGCCUAUGGCCUCCUUCACCAAAUGAGUAUGGUGUUGAGUCUGUAUUUGGUAUGUUUUCUCUUACCAAUAUUGUUACAGUUGAAUUGACUGACUAUAAUGUAGCAAAUGGUUUGGACCUGGGGCUUGUGGAUUUCGAUUUAGGUGAUGCGGUUUGGCGUAAAUACCUACCAGCGGCAUUGGCUGCCGGAAAGUAUUUAGCUAAGCCUGAUCCGGAAGUUCUCCAUGGCGGAUUGGAAAGAGUGCAGGAUGGCAUUGAUAUCCUUCGGAAAGGUGUAUCAGCGAAGAAAAUUGUCAUAGAGGUUGCAAAGAAAGCAUGAUGGCUUGACAACCCACUCUUAAGCCCGCCAACCAGAUUUUUCUCAUUCAGAGUGCUUAAUCUCUUCAAAAGGAUCUUGGAACAUGAACCCUAAAUAGCUGCUGUAUCUGAUAGUUUUUUUAUUAUUAUCGAGUUUUUAAAAUUCUAUAUGACAAGUAUUA